UCUCAGUUUCUGCUUUUAAACUGGUUUAGGAAAUUGAUGAACUAGUGUAAAUGUAUAUUGUACAACUGCUGUAAAGCAGUAUGAAUGUUGCAGGAACCAAGUGCUUGCUUCACACAAUGUUUACACCCAAACGUUUGUUUAGCCUGUCACCGGGCGGGGGAUGAAGGAACGUCUGUGUAAAUAACGCACCGUUUCACUGAUAGGCUUGUUAUAUUUGUAACAUAUGUUAUAUUUGGGAUUACACUUUGUUAUAUUUGAUCAAAUUAUGUGCUUGUAAGUUUCAUCCUAUGAACUGAUAACAUUUACAACUGUCACGGAAGAUUUUCUGAAAUUAUUAAAAAUCUGUUCAGUCAAGUAACGGAUGUGUGUCAUGUGCAUAUCUUUUGUUCUGCGUCAAUAAAUAUCUGCAUUGCAUUGAAAUACAUACCCCAUCACGCGACCCAAAGUAUCAGCAUAAUGGUGAAGGCUUGUAGCUUUGCUCUUUUAACACUGAAACCAUAAUGUGGAACACAUGUAUUUCUGUAACACUUCAAGAAUAUGCCAUGGAAUGUUCAGUAGCUGGCCAUAAGUGAGUCAUCAUUAGUGAAAUUUCCAUAGACUUACAUGUUAAUUAACUGUUGCAAAUAUAAUUUUCAUAAAUUGAGUAGAAGUCAUUUUAUUUUGACAUUUUGCAAACAUCUCGGAAAUCAUCUUAGCUUCGUGAACAUAAUAUUCUUUCAUCUUUCCGUUGAUUAGUUAUCGAAUGACACCUGAUUAUACACCAUAAAUACAACAUAAUUUUAAUCUAUCCCAUAGACAGCCAUUUUAAACCUGAUUGCUAUGUCUAGUAUAUGUCGUGUAAAUAGUUGCAGUUUUCGUAAUAAUCAUUGGAAAAUUUAAUGGAAAUUAUGUGCAUGUAGCGGAAAUGAUUUCCCAGCUGGAAGAUAAGUAUUGAAAGCAAUUCGACCGAAACUAAACUGAUGAAAAUUAUUCUUGCAUUAUUCUUUCACUAAUGAUGACUCACUUAUGGCCAUCUACCGUAGAUUAUGGAAGGGCAUAUUCUUGUUAUUUCUAACACUGAAACAGACGGAAUGUCAAUCACUCGGUCAGCCGACAUUUCGAUCUUUACCACCACACACAGCCACUGUGUUUCUACCCUUGUUGUUUAUCAAAGUACAUUGCUUCCAACAACAAGUACGGCUGUGUCAGCUACACUUUCCGCCUCAGAUAGUAGUGCGAGAAUUACACUUCCGCCGUCGCUCGGUAUGCUGACAUUUUGUGAGUGUUUCACAGAGUUUGCCUGACACAAAUUACAACUGUGUUGCACAAACACCGAGUAAAGUUACCAUGCUGCCCUUCACACUGCGUGAUAAACACUGAGGUGUAAUCUGCUUCACAUUUACGGAAUUGACUAAAAUACCAUGUACAUUAAACAGGGAGGGUGGGAUGGGGACAUCAAGGAAAGGCAUUUUUGAAUUCCAGUCACGGUUAAUGAAUUCAAACCAAACAGGUCAUUCCAUAAGGGGGAAUUAUGAGUAGGUAUAAGUGCAGAUGAUUUUGUUUGUUUAUCUUUUUUUUUUCUUUCAGUGUAAUAAUGUGAAUAAUCAUGUAUUUCAUGAAGUUUGAAGUCCCCGUAGAAUAUACUCGCUUCUAACCUAACCCUAACCCUGUAGGCGAACAGAUUCUUUAGUUACACCGUUCAUGUUUAUAUUUCAAAACAAAAUAACAAUCUAUUCACUUACAGCAUUUCAACCAAGAGGAGCAUCUCAGCUGUUAGCACACAGUCAUUGUACAGCUUAUUACAUUUUCAGAUUCAUACUGUAAUAAUAACUUUAGGAAGUGUUCUGGGGUUUUUUCCUGCAGAGAUACGCGGUCUUGAUGAACAGGUAUCUCAAUCAAAUCAAACCAUAUAUAUUUGAUACCUCUGCUAUAACAGAUGUAUUUGGAAUUUAUCCAUACAUAAUAUUGAAAGGCAAAACAUGUGGAAAGUGAAAACUGAGGCCAGUAGUAGAAAUGCUUAUGUGCUGUGUACAGUUUUCUGAUCAACAUAUUCACUGUUUCAGCCUCGACUGACCCGAGCCCGACAAGACGGUUUCACCAGUGCCAAUGACGACACAAGACUCUGAUCUACCGGCCUCGACUGACCCGAGCCCGAGCAAGACGGUUUCACCAGUGCCAAUGACGACACAAGACUCUGAUCUAACGGCCUCGACUGAUCCGAGCAAGACGGUUCCACCAGCGCCAGAGACGACACAAGACUCUGAUCUAUCGGCGACUCCAUCACCAGCCACAGACCGCGACCUCUACUCCGCCAGCAGGGACGGUGACCUGGAGAGAGUGAAGCGGAUCCUGUCAGCGGGUCACGUGGACAUCAACACUAGAGGAGGAUACAGCAUGACACCGGUGAUGGUGGCAGCAAUGUGGGGACACAGAGACGGGUGGAGUUCCUGGUGUGAAGAGGGCUGAUUUGUCACUGGUGGACAGGCGCGGUAACAGCGUCCUUCACUGGGCCUGUCUGGGAGGACACCUGGAGAUCGUGAACCUGAUCCUGUCCUGGAACGUGGUGGACAUCAACGCCAGGAACAACAACGGGUACACAGCGGUCUACUGGGCGAGAGUCGGGGGACGUCAGCGAGUGGUGGAUCUCCUGGUGUCACGUGGUGGACACUGAAGUCAGUGUUGGUGUGGACAGACGGUGCACAUGUCGUUACUGACACUGACGAGGUGUGUGCCGUUCACGUUGUCGUGUGUCACGAUUCAGGUGAUUUCCUUUUUCCUUUCUGAAUAUAAAUAAAACUUGUUGAAUGUA